CUUAUUCUUUAUUUAUGGUAUAUAUGACGCGUCGCCGCCGUUAAAGGAAGGUAGUACUGAGUCUACUUCAUACCUGCGUUGAUUGCGGCUGUCUAACAUUCAGUUAUCACAUUAUACCCAAAAGGUGUACAAUUUUAUCUAGUUUAAUUUAGAGUACAUACCGCUUUGUUAUCUCUGUUUUGGGGUGUGCUUUGGGGCAGUUUCAUUUGGAUCCAAUUUUAGUGAACGCGCGUAGAGGAGAUUCGGUGAUUCAUAGGACAUUUGUAUUUGGAGUCUAUUGCGUUAGGCGUCAAAAGUCUAGUUAUGUACACAUUUAGUGGACAAGAUGCCGAAGUUUUACUGUGAGUACUGUGGUAUUUAUUUGACUCACAGUUCUCCUGCUGGUCGUAAGCAGCAUUCUAUGGGUCGCAAGCACAUUAGUAUGAAGGUUGAAUACUACCAGCGUCUUGUUCGUGAGCAUUUUUUCCAACCACCUCCUUAUACGUUAUCUGGUGCUCAUCCCGUGCCUGGAGCACCACCGGGUAUAGUUCCUGGUAAUAUUUCAGGACCUGUUCCUGAUGACAAGAGUGUUCCUAUGGGAUAUCCCGGUGUUCCUCCUGUUGGUGUUCCCAGGGCACAUCCUGGUCCUCCUCAUCCGGUCGUUAUGUCGCAGCCACCACCACCGUUCGCCCCUCCCAUGCAUACGCCAGCGCCUGCUUACGGUAGGCGCUGAUCAUGGUCUGCAACCCGUGAUUGCCCUAUCUAUCGCAUAUAAUCUGGC